UAUUGCUGCGUUCCCACCAGCUCGUGACUUACAUGUCAUUUUAUGGUGUUUGUGGUAGGUUAUGUUGAUUUCGUAAUCAUAAACAAGCGAUUGAUUGACGUGUAAUAAUGAAAAAUUCUGAAUCACCUUUAGUUUCGUGGAACAUCACCUAGUAUAAUAAGGAAGGUGUUCACAUACCGUACGAUUAUUGCACGUUAGGCAAAAAUCUUCGAUGUUUGUCUAAAGCACCGACAAGAUACACAAUGUUAGACCUCCGUCAACUGAUAGCAGAAGGCGUCGACGACCGCCUCAAGUGUUUCGUUUGCACCAACUACUUAUCACAUUUCCCUUUAUUUCUCUGCUCAAACAACAAAAGCCUCUGCGGCCGUUGCGCCAUCCCCGCAGGCACAAUCUGCUUCGAAAACGAGGCCUUGGAAACCAUCUGCCAAUUUUCUAAAUUUCCAUGCCGCUACCAAUCAGAAGGUUGCUGCGAAGAGCUCCUCCCCGAGUUUAUCCCCGAACACGAACAAACCUGUUCAUUCCGAACAGUAUCCUGCAUCAUCAGUCAAGCCAUGGCUUGUAACUGGAAGGGUUGUCUCCAAAGUAUGUUACACCACUGUCGCAACCAACACUCGAAUUUCAUUUUACCCAACGGCGAACUGUCCCUAGACUUAUCAGUUUCGGGAACGCAAGGCAAUUUAAUCGAAUACGACAACAAAAUGUUCAUAGUGACGCGCACAUUUGAUUUCAAAACCAAGAUUUUACAGUGCGUUGUUUACUAUAAUCCGUACGAACGCGACGUCAAGAACCUUCCGGUUCAGUUGAGUGUUCGCAAUGGUAAUAAGACCACGAUGGUUGAUUUUACGACGACUAGGUUUGACGAAACACAACCUAGCUUGAUGGAGUUGUGUCUUUCGCACGUUUUAGACCACGACGAUUUGAAUGCGUCGAUUGUGACGACGAUUAGUAUUGGGACGCAUCAAGUCAGUGGCAACUCGUUAAAAGACGAAAAAAUCAACAAUGGGGAAAUGUUGGCGUUUCUUAAGUGUUGUCACUGCACGAAGUUGCCGUGCCUCCGAUUUAUCGUUGUUCGAAAAACACGAAUGCUUUGUGUGCUUCGUGUAGAUCCAGCCAUACAAGGAUUUGUAACGAGAGACUACCUAACUGUGAACCUUCCGAGUACGUUAUAUUGAAUAAAACCGCAGCUUUGUUGCAGUAUCCAUGCAGUUACCAGAACAAUGGUUGUUCGGGAGUUUUCUACUGUCAACAGAUACGAGUCCACGAAAAGUACUGCGAAUUUGCCACCGAAUUGUGUCCUUUUAAAAUUUACAAGACGUGUAAAUGGAAAGGUUUGAGAAAAGAUUUGGAUCAACAUAUUUUGAGUAGUCAUGGAGAUAUUGUGUCGGAUUCCAAAGACGAGAUAUUCCACUGGGAGCCAAACCGGUCGACUUUAACCCACAAAGUUAUCAUUUUUUCGGGGCGACUAUUCCGACUGUCGUAUUGUAAAGACGACGACGCUUAUAAAUGGGCUGCGCAAACAAUCACCCCGUCUAAAAACAGCUUCAUGUACGAAAUUGACUUUGUAGAUUAACGCAGAGGUCGCAACCUGCUCAUAUCAAGACAACAUUGCGGAAGACUAACACACGAAAGUAAAAUCUUUUCAGCACUUAAUUGUUUCAAGUUGUUUGAAGAACAGCUGAGACAUGUUAAAGACUUCAUGAAUCAGACUGUAGAUUUUAGGGUGCAUAUUUUUAAUUAAGUAACUUUUGUCAUUUUAUUACUUUUAUAUUGUAUGUUUUAAAGACAAAAUAUAGUUGUGUUGAACGA